AUGUCCCCAUCUGCCAUCUCGGACACCAACUCCCACUCAAACGGCUACUCAGCCGACUCGGACUACGCCGUCCAGGAUCCCAACGGCGCUCCCAACAACUUCAACGGCUAUGACCACAUAACCUGGUGGGUCGGCAACGCCAAACAGGCCGCGUCCUACUACAACUCGUUCUUCGGCUUCAAAACCAUCGCCUACAAGGGUCUCGAGACCGGCUCUCGGUACACGGCCUCCUACGUGGUCGAAAACGCCGGCGUCCGUUUCGUCUUCACCUCCCCCAUCCGCUCCGCCGCCCACCUCCCCGAGGACGAUCCCAUCUCGGACUCUGACCGCGCCCUCCUUGCCGAAAUCCACGCCCACCUGGAGAGACACGGUGACGCCGUCAAGGACGUCGCCUUCGAAGUAGACAACAUAGACGGCGUCUACGCCAAAGCCGUCGCUAACGGAGCCGACUCUGUCCAACCCCCUCAGUCCUUCGGCGACAAGGAAUCCGGCCUCGUCCGCACAGCCGUGAUCAGAACCUACGGCGACACAACCCACACCCUCAUCUCCCGGUCCACCUACCGCGGCCCCUUCCUCCCCGGCUUCCGCGCCAUCGUCCAGACCAAACCCUCCCCCAUCCCCAUGCCCACCGUCCCCCUCAAAAGAAUCGACCACUGCGUCGGCAACCAAGACUGGAACGAGAUGGUCUCCGCCUGCGCCUUUUACGAGUCCUGCCUCGACUUCCACCGCUUCUGGUCCGUAGACGACAACCAGAUCUGCACCGACUUUUCCGCCUUGUCCUCCAUCGUCAUGGCGAGCAGCAACAAUCUCGUGAAAAUGCCCAUCAACGAGCCCGCGCCGGGCAAGAAAAAGUCCCAGAUUGAGGAGUACGUCCUUUUCAACUCUGGCCCUGGGGUGCAGCACAUUGCUCUGCUCACCGAGGACAUCAUCACCACUGUGUCUGCCUUGAGGGAGAGGGGGGUCGAGUUUAUCAAUGUGCCGUCUACGUACUAUGACACCAUGAGGCAGAGGCUCAAAGCGGAGAAGAGGAGGUGGGAGCUCAAGGAGAGUCUGGAGACGAUUGAGAGGUUGAAUAUCCUUAUUGAUUAUGACGAGGGGGGGUAUUUGCUGCAGUUGUUCACCAAGCCUUUGAUGGACAGGCCGACGGUGUUUAUCGAGAUUAUACAGCGGGAGGAUUUUGAGGGGUUUGGCGCGGGGAAUUUCAAGAGUUUGUUUGAGGCUAUUGAGCGGGAGCAGGCGGAGAGGGGAAAUUUGUAA